GGUUUAGCCUGAAUAUACUUACUGGUAUAAAUCAAUUGAUCUGUCAUACAUAAUGUGUUUCGCCUGCGUGGCAUGCAUGCGCAUUGUGUGUGCACUUGGUGCCUUCAGAAGUCAGAUGAGGGGGCCAGAUUUCCUGGGACUAGAGUUAAGGAAGGGAUAAUGCAUGUGAAAAAACUUCCUAUAUGUUUCUGCGCAAGGAACUUCCUGUGCGACUGGCUAACACCAUGAGAGAGGUUAAUCUCUUGCCGGAUAACUUGUUGAACCGCCCUUCCGUGGGAUUAGUUCAGAGCUGGUACAUGCAGAGCUUCCUUGAACUUUUAGAAUAUGAAAACAAGAGCCCAGAAGACCCACGAGUUUUGGAUAACUUUCUCAACGUUCUGAUAAAUAUCAGAAACAGACACAAUGAUGUUGUUCCUACAAUGGCCCAAGGCGUGAUUGAGUACAAGGAAAAGUUCGGGUUUGAUCCGUUCAUUAGCAGUAACAUUCAAUAUUUCCUGGAUCGGUUUUAUACCAACCGCAUUUCUUUCCGCAUGCUUAUUAACCAGCACACACUUCUGUUUGGUGGUGACACUAACCCUGCACAUCCGAAACAUAUAGGGAGUAUCGACCCCACCUGUAAUGUAGCUGAUGUGGUUAAAGAUGCAUAUGAAACAGCCAAGAUGCUUUGUGAACAGUAUUACCUGGUAGCUCCAGAGCUAGAAGUUGAAGAAUUCAAUGCCAAAGCGCCAAACAAACCCAUUCAGGUAGUUUAUGUGCCGUCACAUCUGUUUCACAUGCUAUUUGAGCUGUUCAAGAACUCAAUGAGGGCAACAGUUGAACUACAUGAAGAUAAAAAAGAAGGCUACCCAGCUGUUAAAACUCUCGUUACUCUGGGUAAAGAAGACUUGUCCAUUAAGAUAAGUGACCUAGGUGGUGGAGUCCCACUUCGAAAAAUAGACCGUCUUUUUAACUACAUGUACUCAACUGCUCCUCGUCCCAGCCUGGAGCCUACAAGAGCGGCGCCCUUGGCUGGAUUUGGUUAUGGCUUGCCAAUUUCUCGUCUGUAUGCCAGAUAUUUUCAGGGAGAUCUAAAACUGUAUUCCAUGGAAGGAGUGGGUACCGAUGCAGUCAUUUAUUUGAAGGCCCUUUCAAGUGAAUCCUUUGAGAGGCUGCCAGUUUUCAAUAAGUCUGCAUGGCGCCAUUACAAGACCACUCCUGAAGCUGAUGACUGGAGCAAUCCCAGCAGUGAACCAAGGGAUGCAUCAAAAUACAAGGCUAAACAGGACAAGAUCAAGAGUAAUAGAACUUUCUAGAAAGCUGAGUGCUGUCUCUGAAGUCUCUGAAGAAAGAAUACCUUCUGCAAGUCAACCAGAGACGCGUAUUUCUACCAACUCUUAACCAUGACGGCACUAUUGUUAUCCCAAUGCUUAGUUGCUUUCUUUAUAAUGGCUCACUAUGUCCAUGGAGCCCUUCCCAUAGUCUUUCCCAUUGUAUCUUCCACUAAAGCUUGAGCAAUUUUUCAUUGUGUCUUGCUGUGGCAUCAUUAGCACCCGUCACAAAAGAGCACAGAACCUCCUAGCGCUCUUGUACCCUAUAUUCUGUAUCUUGUUAUGGAGUUUAGUGUCUGAAGUCUUCCAGCAUUCUGAGCUCAUUUCUGAUACAAACCUCCAGCUAGGGCUUGGGCAGUCGGAUGCAUCAGUGGAGCUCAUCUUGAAAAUUCAGUACCAGGGUUCUUCCUGUCCCAUAUACAUCACCCUUCACUCUCUGAUUUGGACCUUUGUGCCCCCUUCAGCUGACUGGGUUCUCAUUGUGAGGUGUGGUACUUGGAUGUUAGAACCUGUCCAUCUGUAUCAAUUUUAUUUUAAAGUUCAUUUGCUUACUUCUGUUCCAUUGAUUAAAGCACUCUAAACGUUGUCUUGGAAUUUCUCACUUAACACCUUGGUUUGAAAGAUUUUUAAGUGAAAAGUCACCUGCUAAUCUAUUCAGACUACAGAGUGGGAAGUGCAGGGGUUUGUUUCCAUGAAAGCUCCACUAUGUUUGUUUGCCAUAUGAAAUUCCUCUUGUAGUCAUCUUAGGAACUAGAAGUUCCUGUGUCAUGUAACAGAUUCACUGUAACAGAGAUUGUCACGUUUUCAAAAAUGUUACAAACCUUGAUAAUUUUCAUUGUCAUUACUUUCACCAGUUUUAGAACUGUCCACUCAAUCUGACUUUUUCUUUCUUUAUUUUGUUUUGUUUUUCACCAUCGGGUUUCACUGUGUAGCUCUGGCUGUCCUGGAACUCACUAUGUAGACCAGACUGACCUCAGACACACAGAGAUCAUCUACCUCUGCCUCCUGAGUGCUGGGAUUAAAUUCGUGCUCCACUACCACCUGGCUCUCAAUUUGUUAAUCGUUAGAAGUAGGACUUAGCAGAGGUCUUGGGGUGAGAGAAGAGAAAUGAUGUGCUAUUUAUCCUUAACAAUAGAGGCUAUCUGAGAGUCUGGAUUCAUACCAAUACCUAGCCUAUUCAGCUCGCUGCUAUGUGUUUCCCUCUUGGCUAUAUUUUUCCCUGUAUAUGCCAUUCACGCUGACUUCUAGUAUCAUUUACUAUAUGUAUGAAUGUUUCUGUCCAGUCAUCAGUGUUGAAUCUAGAUUUAGUUUUAGUUUGUAGCCAGGCAUCUGGCAAACACCUGCAAUCUCAGUUCUCCAGAUCUUGAGACAGGAGGAUCAUGAUCAUAGCCUGAGCUAUGUACCAAGACUCUGCUUAGAAAAGUUUGAACGUGUGUUCAUCAUUGCUCCUUUCUCAUUAGUGCUGUAGCAAUGUAGUCCUCCCCACCGCCUCCCCAGUGAGGGGCUCUGCCUCGGAGGCUUGCUCUGACUUAGCCAGACUUGGCUCACUUGUAGGUCUCUUUGAAUUGCACACCAUCUGAUUUUCUUCCAUUUCCUUGUAUUACCUGAGUCCCUCGUGGCUCCUUUUGUCUUUAUAAAGACCUCAUUGCAAAGCUGACAUGUAGUCAAAAAAUGUUGAUAAAAUUCAAAGAGACUGAGACUCAUAGGUCACAAGUCUAAGUCGUCUUAAGUCGGUGUCUUGAAGGUUAAGCUGUGUGACCAUUUUCCUAUGAUGGAGAAGCUGUGAAAAUACUUACAUUUAAAGACAUUGACUACCUUGUAAGCACCAGACAGUAUGUCCAUAUCUUCCUGAGUCUCAGUUUCCAGCCAUCCUUCUUUACACUUGCAAGUUUGACCAUGGGAGAACAACAGGUUCAUAUUAUGGUUACCUUGCUUCAGCACCGUUUUUAUUGUUUAAGGACUGUCUGUUGAUUGGUCUGCUUCCACAACAGAUGCCACAGAAGGGUUGGGUAUUGUGUAGAAAAACUUUAUCAUAUUCUUUGUCCUUUUGAAAAGCCAGCUUUUGUUUAAAGGUCUUAAGAUUUAAUCCACAGUUCUCUAAUAUUCUUGGGCUUAUACUCAUGUCUGUCUAAGCCUGGUGCAUUCCAGACAUUCCUGUCUUUGUGUCAUCAAUAAUUUAACCUCAGCCCCAAAACAGUCAUAAGAGGAGUUUCAGGGACAUCCUGUAUUCUCAAAGUUUAUUCUCCCCGUGACUAAUUUACGUAUCCUCUCUGCUGGCAGUGCAUGAGCCUUUGAGCUCUAUGAAUUUCUACAUAUGUUACAGAUUGAUGCUGACCACUUUCCAGCUGAAUUCUUCCCCAUUUCUCUGUAAUGCCCUUCCGUUUAUACUUUCGUCCUAUUUUACGUAUUUGGGGAGCUGUGUAUACAAUUUGAAGCAGUACCUGGCACACAGUAGGUACUUAAUAUGUAUGUGUUCAGUCAAAAGGGUGAAAACUAAUAGAAGUUUACAAUGGCUGGUGAGGAAGCCUCUUUCUGAGUUCUUCAGAUAUCCGCGACUUGAAAUUGGUAAUGAUUCAUGUCAAGAGCUGGAGCAGUACUGAAUUUCUUUUUAUAGUGCUAAAAGACGGCUUUAAAAAUGUGGAGAAGUGACAGGAAUCAGAAAUGGAUCCACAUGAGCCGUCUGAUUCUUUGCCUCUGAAUAUCUGGUCUCAGAUUCCUUAUAGAAGGGCUUCUUCCUAUCUUGUGACAUGGUUUUAUAGCUUUCUUAAGGAUUCCAAAGAACUCAACAUUCAGCACCCGAUGUGAUCCUUACGAUGGCAGGAGGUGGACUGUACAAAGUAGCUUUCCUUUUCCAUGUGACUUCAGAGCACUUUAGUGGCUUGCCAAGGAGCCAUGGAAAGUGAGUAGUAGAAGCUGUGUUCUAUGCUUGGGUCUUCUUGUUCCUGGGCCAGUGCUCUGAACAAUAUGUCAAGUGCUUGGGAUCCGCUUUUAAGAUGAAUUUCUUGAGCAUAUUAAUCCUAAGUCAGAAGUUUUCUGUAAUGCAAGACAGUUCUACUCAGGAAAUGUUUCCUUUUGUGCUUUUCCAUUCUGGCAUGUUUAAAGGAGACAAGUGGACCAGGCGGCUUUUGCCUCACGAAACAGAACUUUAGACCAGUGUGGGUCAUGACUAGAGUUUAUAUUUGAAUGAGAUCAGUGCCUGCUGCCAGCCUUUUUGUAUAAAACUUCUACAUUUGGAAGUUGAUGGUUUUGUGUUUUGGUAGACUCAAUUACAGCUUCAAUUAAAUGCUCUUGCACGUUCUUUCUGUUGCCAUUACUUAUAAUAGCUCGGCUAGCUGUCGGAGCCUUGGAUCUUUAGCGACUUUAUGGUCUAUAGCUGCUGGCGCUCUGAGGUCCUUAAGUACAAAUGGAUUUUUUUUUCCUUCAGUUUUGUAGAUAACCUGCUUGCUUGGCACGGCUGCCUGUUUGUUCUUGGUAUUUUGUCACUUCAUUUCAGUAUAGCUCAGGGUUGGCAGUUGUCUUUUGGCCUUUCCUGGCACACAGUAAGCUUCCGCUAGUCCCAUAUUAGGCCUUAUUACAUUUCAUAUAGUUUUGUACUGUUCUUCAGAAAUGGGUCUCUCCAUCAGCAUGUGUUACCCAUCUUUCCCAUUUAUCUUCCUUUAUGGCUUUCUUUCAUCUCCGUGUCUUCCUUCGUGUGUGAUCUCUCCACGCCCGAGUCUCAUCCCCCAUGUCACCUGCUGGUUUUCUCUGCUGGUUUCCCCAGGCCCUGUGCUUGCUUUCACAUCUUUCAUGACCUUAUCAUUUAAUUUACUUCUCGUGGCUUAUUACUCUCCGAUGCCUUAUUUCUUUGAGGACCAAGCCUUUUAGUCUAAAUGUAGUGGUUUCUGAAAUCAUUCCUUUUCCAGAAUGGAUUUGUGUAUCUUUUGCUUUAAUGUGUCAGGCACACUCCUGGAGCCUACGGCAUGGGAUUGUGGCUUUUAUUAAUUUCGUCAUAGAUGGCUUUUUGAUUAUUUUUCAGACAUAUGUGCUGGCCAGGAGGGAGAGAACGCUUAUACAAACAUACAUUUAUUCUGCCGCCUUUCCCAGUGGUCCAGAUGCUUAAACAUUGACUUUAAAGAUAAUGUCCUUCAUAAUCUAUAUGUUAGCAAACAGAAGAAGCCAAUAUUGCCAGCAGGAGAGCACCAUUAACUAUUUAAUCAAUGCAGGAUUUUUGUUUGCUGUUCUGGGUGAAAAGAUAACUUUUAACUCCAGUUCCUGUCACACUGAUUAGAGCUAUCAGUACCUCCUGGCUUGAAAACAGGGGACAUGUGAAAUUUUAAUGAACUUGAGAGGUUAUCAGCCACUGGCAGUGAUUAAUUAGUUAAUUAAACAUGGGAGAAUACUUCAAACUAGGUGGACAUAAUCAGUUAUCAAGAGAAGUAUAAGCGUGUUUUAUUAGCAGUUUGUAGACAGUCUCCCUGAUGUCUGGUGUUGACCAUUUUAAGAGCUUUGCUGUGACAUAUUUUCUUUUCAACCAAACAUUUUCAAAUGUGAUUCACUAAAAGAAAGCUCUGUUGGUCCUGACCAGGUGCCCCUGCAAUCCCAGCGUGCACGGAGUGAGAGCAGGGACAAAUGAGAGGCCAGACUAGGGUACAAAGUGAGAGCUUGUGUGAAAAAGUAAAGGAGAAGAUAACAGAGGGAAGGGAGGAAGAAAGGAAGAACAAAGGGCAAAGAAGGGAGGGAAGGAUAUAAGGAAAGAGGCGAGAAGUCUUUGUUGUGGCUUAUUCUUAGUAUUUACGAAUAUGCAUUCAAAUAGUUUGUAGGUCCGGGGCCUACUGUAGAAGAACAUGAGAUACUGUUCUGAAAGUGUAUGUGCAGGUAGAUCAUGAGGCAAAGGCUUAUUUGGAAUGCUUGUAGGAUUGAAACUUCAAUCAGUAGCUGGAACAUCCUAGUUGCCAGCCAGCAGCAAACUUAUCACCUGCAGAAUUCCCAUUCAAUGACCAAGGACCACAUCCCCGGAACUGUGCAUGGGACAGGGCAUUUCCCCGAGGCCAGCCUUCACCUUGAGUUGUGCUGGUGUGAAGUAGAUGACUGAACGCAGGUGUCCUUAGCUAAGCAAGACUGGGAAUGAAGGUAGCAGACAGGAGUCAUGGGAAGGAAGAUGAAGUCCAGCCUUCAAUUUCAAUAAUAUGUUACCAUAUGCUAGAAACUAUACUCACUGCUGGACAUGUGACAGUGACCAAAGCAGAGUGAAAUCCCUGCCUCAGGAGCUUCCCUUCCAGUGGGGACAAGAUAGAGUGAUUUUGUGCUUCACUUAGGAAACAAGAACUGUGGGGGUAAAUGAGAGGCUUAAAUGUCUUCAGGAUUUCCCAAGUUUCUCGUUUUAAGAUAUCAGUCUGAAUUGUGAAAGUCUGUCUUCUGUGCUUGGCUCUUCACUGGGCUCUAUGGGGUCUCUGCUGAGGCCCUUGUUCUACAGCUUCAGUAGGUAACGGGCCUGCGCCCAUGCCAGCCAUUGUCCCCCUGGCCAACAGGGAGCAAGUGGUCUGCUGAGAGAGGAGUUCACAGUCAAAUGUCAUGGAAUAAUGAGGGUUGCCAUUUGAUUCUUUGUAACAGAAACUCAGCACAGGUUCGGAUACAUCUUUUUAGGGUUUCAGAAACAAUCAUUUAAGGGCCAGUGAGGUGGCUGAGCUGGUAACAGUGCUUGCCAAAGACUGGCAACCGAGUUCAAUCUCCCAUGUCCCACAUGGUAGAAGGAAAGAGCUAAAUGCGGGACAUGGUCAGCUAACUUCUGCACAUAUGCUGUGUGUAACACUUGCACACACACUAAGUAAAUGUAAUGUUUUAAUCCAAAGUUUAGACGUAUCGAGAUAAUGAGUAAAAGUUGCCGCUUGUCAGGAGACCCUAUUUAACACUUGAGCUCCUCAGAGAAAGCUUCCCUCUGAAGUCUACCAGUUGAUAUCAGCUGUGGUCACUUAACAAAAUGAAGGCAGUGCCCCAGCCACAGAAGUCUGGAGAAAUGGGUCCUGUGUUUCCAUCUUUCUCUGAAGUAGGAGUGUGGAUUCCCCCUAAUCUCCAUGAUACAGUUUGAAGUAGCCAGAACCUGGGCUGUUACUUCGUGUGUGCCACCCGCAGCUUCCUGGCAGAAGAUUCACUUUCCCUCAAAGGGAAUGUUAGAGUGGACUCACCCUUCUCCAUACCCGCCUCUCUGACUUCUUGGAGCAGAUCUGAGGAGGAGCUUUAACUGGUAGGAGAAGGGGUGGGCAUGUAUUUAAUAGCAUCCAUAGGUAGAUCCAACUUCUCGCCCUUUAUUUUAUUUAUUUUUUCGCCCUUUAUUUUAAACAGCCAGCUUUUACAUGAACAGAAUCACCUUGGAACAUCAGUACUGAAAGUUUGAUAGUCUGAUACCUGUAUUAAAGAAAAGCACCCCUCGUCUCACACUAUCCUUUGGUAUUUUAAUUCACUCAUGAUAUCCUAUACGUGCAUUUUGCUGUACAAAACAAUUUUACCCAAGUUGCAGAGCUGACCUCAGUUCUCCACCUGCUUGCUCCCUAAGUGUAGGUGACUACAGGCACAGUACCAACCAAUUCCCAGUGGUGACAACCUUUGAUGGAGGUCUGUCCUCAAGUCCCUUGGAAGUGAAAAGAAAUAAAACUUGAGCUGUGCAAUCUCUGAUCCAGUUAGGCCUGUUGGGUUUUAGCUGAAACUUUCUAAAAGGGCUAGAGAGUUGACAUUGUGAGGCUGAGGGCAAGCAGACCAGGAUGGGGUCAGUGGAGAAAGGAGCAUGAACUUCACCUGAAAAAUACCUCUCUUCUAUAAAUCUCUCAGUGGCAUUUGGAUUAAUCAAGCAUAAUUAAACAUAGUUAGGUUUUUUGUCAGAUUGUAGUUCAAAAUAAUAUUCAUCUAUGGAGAGGGUAAUAUAUUCUGUAGAAAUUUUAUUAAGCAUUUUAGCUAAGCAAACAGUAAGGAGAACAAAAUCAGCCUCAGGAAGGUUAAUUACUAAAAACGAUGGAGUAUAGUAGAUUAUGUAAAUCAUUUUCCUUUUGAAUACCAUGGCUUGAGCUUUAAUUUACAUAGAGAGGUAUCUUGGAUUUGUUUUUUACAUUCUGAUUUUCAAAAGUACCAAAUUAUACUUGCAUUCUUUAAAAGUUGUAAUCACUCCAGGCUUCUAUUAAACCUGCUCUAACUUCUUCCUAUUAGAGUUUGCAAAACUGAACUGCAGUUUCCUUCCAACGAAUUCUCGCAGGAUUCCACCUCGUUUGUGGAAGUGAUGAGAGCUACUGUUUUUAUUUCUCUACCAAAUGGUGGCUUUAAGUGCAGUAUCUGGGGAGCAAGUGUAUGAAAGCAUUCAGCCCAGGCGAGCCUUUGCGGACAGUGUUCACUGAAAAGAGAAGAGAAAAGAGAGAUGAAAUUGAUUUGAAAUGCUAUUUCUCCUUGAGUGGAGACUGCUCUCUCCCCUUGCCUGGCUCAUGGGACAGGUUCUGAUCAGAUCUGGAACUGGUACGUUCAGAUUUGGCACUUGCCCAAGUUUCACAGUGAGACUUUCGAAAGCAUUGUCAUCUCAGUAGUGGAAGCUUCCCGACGAAACCUGAACUUGCCCUUUUCAUAAGAAGUGAUGCCCAGAUUUCCUCGGGGUAGGACAGAGACAGAGGUCUAAAGCCCUCUGAGAUUUUCAGAGAAACUCCCUUCAGUUGGGUUCUGUUCGGCCAUUUGUUUAGUGCCUUUUCAGUGAAGAUCCUAUGUUCCUGCAGAACUGCCUCCUUUUGAGAUGGUGAACUUUCACCUACAAGAACAUCCCAGUUAAGUAAUCCUGACUUCCUUUAAACGUGGCCUAUUAAUGUAAACGCUCUCUCUGGCUAACUUUUGCAAACGUCAAAGAUCCAUAUGUGUAGUAACUGAGCAAUGCUGGCCAGCCCUGCAGUUUGCUCAGUAAAGAGGUGCAGAAGUGUGGCAGGUGGGGCUGGUCUAAUUGCUCUCCCGCUCAGCCUGACAUCACCAAUUGAUUGAAAUUGGCCCAGUGCCAAUAGAAUUCAUAGUGACAACAGAAUUGCUUCAUGUUUCAAAUGAUCUUACCCUCCAGUUCUUCUUGAGAAAGAAAAAGUGCAACCUUAGCACUCAGUGGGAACAUCUCUUAGGCAUUGACGCAUGCUAGUCACAAGGAGAUUGUGACAGUUAACCGUGACGACAAGGCAGUGGCAGUCACCACUUAGCUAUGCUGAAUGUCAGGUCCAGGAAGAGUCUAUGAAGUCAGUCAGGGCAAGAUUGAAAUGUGAUAUUGUUUACAUUGUGGAAUCCAUUUCACAUAAUGGCUUGCUUUCUCUUUGUCAUUUGAAUCAUUUUUAGAAGCUUUAAUCUUUAUCUUAAUUAAAAGCAUAUUUUUUUAAGAAUAACUUCUACCUUUAUGUUAAAUGUUGAGCUUAAUAUCCCACAUGUAAUUAGGAGUUUUGAACACAUUGACAACUGAAGCCUGUAACUUACAGGGAGAUGAAAAGACUUGAGACUACCUGCCGCUCUAAAGGGACCAGGCUGGACCUUGCAGUCUCACUUGGCAAGUCCUUUCAGGAAGCAGAAUUUUCCCAAUUGUUUAUCCAGCAUGAAAAGGGAAAUAGAAGGGCCAACCAUGCCUGUUCCCUUUCUUGCUGGGUGUUAUAUAACUUCCUGGGGAAACAUCACCAAGUCAAUUGCUUUCUUUUCACAUCAAAAAGGACCUCUUACGCAGGGUGGUGGUGGCUGCAGCGCACACCUUUAAUCCCAGCACUUGGGAGACAGAGGCAGGCUGAUCUCUGAGUCCAAGGCCAGCCAGGGCUAUACACAGAAAUCCAGUCUCAAAACAACAUCAAUAACAAAAAAGUUCCUCUUAGAGCUGAGAUAUUAUUUAGACCAAUAGACAUUUGUGAGACUAAUAAGUGUAUCUUGACUCAGAUGGCAGCAAAGUUUACUUAUAGUGCUUUAUAGCACUAAGUGAUUUCAGAUGUUCCGGGAACUUUGCUGGGGAUUUAGCUCAAUGGUUGAGCACUUCCCUGGCAUAUGUGGAGGCCUGGCUUCCACCCCUAGCACUGAAAACAGGAAACAAAUUGCUGUGAAUUGUCAUCUCCACAGUUCCUUCUGUCCAUUGUUCCAGCUGCUUCUCUCUUAACGCCGUACUCAGAAUCGGAGCUCAAGUUGUGAUUGCAUCAGUCCUGGACAAUAACACUAUUAGAAAAAAGGGAAGGCUAACCCUAAUCUCUGCUGAGUUCGUACUUUAACGUGCUUUGAAGUUAUAAUUGCUGCUUAAGGUUUAUAAGCAGAGCAUUUGCUCUUCCAAGUUCCCACCCAAGUGCUUGAAGUGGAACUGUUUCCCAUAUUUCGAGCCUGACCUUAGAAGGCCUGGGAAGCACUCGGGCUGUUCGAGAGGUGUGAGUGAAAAAGGUCAGUGCUUUGCCAAGUUCUCUUUGUAACUCCUUGACUAAUUAGGGUUGUCUACAUGAAAUAAUUGCUGCUUUGAUAAGAGACAAAUAUUAACUUACACAUGAAAUGAAUGUUCGUUGCAGAGUUUGUACCCAUAGGUACAAGUCUGAGCUGAUUCACUCUGUGCCUCUGUUGACUUAAAUUACAGUGAUGAAUGUACACACACACACACACACACACACACAUUUUCACAGUUCCCGAGCAACCUUGUGGUUUGUAAAAUGAAGCUCAGCCCCAUACGUUAUGCUGUCAUGAAUGAAGGAUGAUUAGAUUGGGUCAUUUGUCACUCCACGUUCUACGGAGAGAAGUAUGUUGUGACUGUUGGAAAACACAACCGAGACGUGCGUGGCUUGGACCGUGCUCCUUGAGUUGCUAAGCAAUCUGUUGUUUGUCAUAACCAAACCAAUCCUGCCGCACACAGGCACUUCUGUACCCUGGUAACCAGAACAAUAAAAUGGCAGUUGAUCUUCCCA